GGGUGGGAAAAGGUAUAAUCUCACUGAAUUGUUCAGAGCAACAUUAGCUGAAACCUACUGGUGUUCAGCAAUGCACUUUUACAAGUUGAUAUGAAGGUUAGGAAUAUUUCUUAAUUGCUGCUAACUAUGCAGAGUGCAAAUUUCCUGUCAUUGACUUCCCUAAGAAAAUUGCAAAUAGUGCAGAACUUCCACAUUCCAACGAGCAUCCACAGAGAAAAUGGAAGAAUCUUUAAGGAAAAUGAUUCUAAUGAGAAUCCGUGUCAUCAAUUUCUCUCUAGCAGUCCCUCAGGAUCCCUCACUGUUUCUUUUGGCAUUCUCCACUCCUCUAUGCUGCCCUUCAGAAUUAUUCCCAAAUCUGUAUCAGUUCCUCGAGAAACUCAAAUCAUUGAUUCCCAUUGUCAAUGUACCUCAGGAUUCCCCACUCUGUAGCAGCUUCUUGUUACUCCAAACCACAAUGUCCCAGUACUUCAAGUUGGCUCAUUCCCCUGUACCAGUCUUUCAGAACCAGUCUACCAGUCUCAAGAUGCCUGCAAUUGUAUCUGAUUUCCAUCGAUAUCGAAUUUAGUUGUGAGCAUUUUGUUGGCAUCAAUCACGAAAUGCGCCCGACCGUAACCAUGACUCCUUGCGUCCUGGAGUUUCCCGGUGGACCAGCGAGCAUGCGUGUGCACUCUGGGAGGCGGUGAAGAGGUUAACCUUCCCGAAAUUGCAGCGGCGUGUUCAACGAGGGAGUUGAGGCUGUGCUGGUGGCGGAAUGGCGCUCGUGUUCGGUGUGCUCUUCGCAGUUGCCCUGCUACUCCUGCUGAAAUGCCUGACUGGAAGGAAGCGCAGACCUGGAGAGCCGCCAGUAGUACAAGGCUGGAUUCCAUUUAUCGGACAAACAAUUGAGUUUGGUAGGGAUUCUCAUGGUUUUCUUCUUUCUUGUCAGCGGAAAUUGGGAGAUGUCUUCACGGUAUAUAUAGCAGGCAAAUAUGUUACCUUUAUCUUAGAUCCAUUCCUUUUCCAUUUAAUCAGUCAGCUUGGCAAACAAAUAGACUUCCAAGAAUUUUCACUUGGACUUGCAGCAAAAGUGUUUGGUUUCCCUAUAUUGAAUGACCCCAAAAUACCCAUAUCCAAUGAAGAGAUUCACAAGCUCUAUCACUACUUAAAGGGGGAUGAGUUAAAUAUUUUGAUUAGAAGUACGACAGAAAAUCUUCAGAACAUAAUGAGACGAGACCUGGUGAGAUCAACAGAAUGGAGAAUUGAAUACAUGUAUGACUUCUGUUGCCGAAUCAUCUUUGAAGCCACUUAUGUAUCUUUGUAUGGAAAAGCACCAAUAAAUGAAGAAAAAAAAAUUACUGAAUUAAAGGAGAAAUUCAUUAAGUUUGACCAAAUGUUCCCCUACCUGGCUGCAAGCAUUCCAAUUGAACUUCUAGGCAAUACAAAAAGAAUUCACAAGGAACUGAUUAGUUACUUAACAUCAAAGGAAUUGGAUCAACGGCUAUGUAUGGCAAAACUAAUUCAAGGCAGAAGAGACUUGUUUGACAGGUAUCCAUACCUUCAGGAUGAUCAGAAGGCAGCACAUCAUUUAGCCUUUCUGUGGGCUGGUGUUGCAAACACAAUUCCAGCUAUGUUCUGGAGCCUGUAUUACAUUGUGAAGCAUCCAGAAGCCUGUGCAACUGUGCGUGAUGAGAUUGACCACAUGUUACAGGCAGCAGGUCAGAGGCCAGGCCCUGACUUCAAUAUCGCCUUCAGCAAAGAAGAUCUAGACAGCUUGGUGACCUUAGGAAGUGCAAUAGAUGAAGCCUUUCGUUUAGGCUCCUCCUCAAUGAACAUCCGAUUUGUCAAAGAGGAUGUAAAUAUAAACUUUAAGGAAGAAAAAGAAAUUAAACUGAGGAAAGGGGACUUAACGGCCAUUUAUCCUCAAAUUCUACAUAUGGACCCAGAGGUUUUUGAAGAUCCUGAGGUGUAUAAGUAUGACCGUUUUAUAGAAAAUGGAAUGAAGAAAACCACUUUUUACAAAGGAGGAAAGAAGCUUCGGAAUUAUUUGAUGCCUUUUGGUUCUGGAGCUAGUAAGUGUCCUGGGAGAUACUUUGCAGUCAGUGAGAUUAAAAUGUUCAUUUCACUGAUACUAACAGCUUUUGACCUGGAAAUAAUCCAUCAGGAAAGGCCAGUAAUGCCAAGUAAGAGCCGUGUAGGUCUCGGGGUCUUACACCCAGAAUCUGAUGUCCAGUUUCGCUAUAAAUUGCGCCAAUGAAGAAGCUUGUUAAGCUUCUAGUCAGGAUGGUAAAAUUAUAUACUAGUGAUUCAUGCUGGGGAAUUGUUUGAUUCUUAGUUGACAAAAACAAUGAAGUGUUUUGUAGCUGUAGGAUACUAAAUUUCGGGAAUUCCCUUUCAUAUUCUUUCUUGGGGAGUAGAAUAAAGCAACUUCAUACUAACAGGUGUAAUGCCCUGAUUCACAUCUUUACUGUUGUGCUGUAGGCAUUUUAUUUAGCAGUUCUGUAAGGGUAGUCUGUUCUGCUUUCAGCCUGUCUGGGUUAUUGUUGAAGAUGAGGGAUGAUGAGGAAUGUGUCCCAUCCAAUUAAGAUGCCAGAACUGGGGGGAGUUUUUUUUUUGGUGAGGGAUACUGAGGUCGGUCUUGGGGCUUUUGUUCGGUGGGAGAUGAAGAGAGGAGACGCUGGGGAGAACUGGUCGUAGGAUACGACCUGGUGGGAGACCUGUUUGUUCGAGAUGGAUUGUGAGGAACAUUGAAAUGUUGGUGUGAGCUUUCACACAGUCCAGAGGCCCAACCCAUGUGAGACAGAGAUUUUCAAGAUGGGCUCCAACUUGUGCACAUUUGACUGUUUAAUUAAAAUGGGGCCUUCUCUUUUUUGUUUUCUUUACUAACCCUUAAGUUAAGAUUCAUCAAUAUAAUUCCUUUAAUUGUAUGCAGUGUACUUGUCUGUUAUCUCCUGGCACUAAUUUUUAACAGAGUAGAAAAUUACACAGCAUCCACACAAACCAGGGUUUGGGGUGAGAGAGCCAUUUGAAUCUCAUGGGUUUGGCGGGACUGGAGAGUGUCUUCCCUAUACAUAAGCAACCAAGGAAACCAGGGUGUUUCACGGGUAUUAUAUUGCUUUUAACAGACAGAGAAACCCUUGCAGAUUCAAAAUUCUGAUUUAUGCUCUCCAUAUGUGAGGUAUUAUCUUGGCUUCUUUUCUAAGUAGUUGAAUUUUAAAUUGAUGCAGAGACAGGGAUAUCCAAGGUAAUGUAUCUUUGUAGGUAGAAAAACACUUGAAAUGACUGUAGAAGAGAUUAUUAGAGCUUUAACAGAUUAAGUUGCAACUGGAAAGAAAAAAGGGAUCAAUAUUUCAGGUGUGCCGAGUUCCCAGCAUUUUCUGUUUUUAUUUCAGAUUUCCAGAAUGUACACUUUUAUUAUUUUUUAUUUUCUAUCUAAGUUAAAUUUAACGCAAAGGACACCACACUUUAAGAAAGAUGUCAAAGUCUUAGAAAGGGCACAGAAAGAUUUGUGUGUGGAUGCUGUUCAGGUAUAUGGGGAGCUGAGAAAAUGAAGUUGAUAUAGCAGAGAAGUUUAAGCUGAGGUUUGAUAGAGGUUAAAUGGAGUUUCCAAUCAGAAUCACUGAUUGUUUAAAGCACAGAAAAGGGCCAUUGAGCCUGUGUUGUCUUGAUAAACAAUUAAUCCGUCCUCUCCUCAUAACCAUGUAAGUUCUUCCCUUUCAAGUAUUUGUCCAGCUCCCUUUUGAGCACUGUUAGUAACUUUGCCAUCACCAGGAUCCCUGGCAGUGCAUUGCACAUCGUAAUUAUGAACAUACUAGGGACUGCAGAUGCCCGUGUCUCGAACAAAAAUAGAACAGUGGAGGAGCUCAGCAGGUCAAGUAGCUUCUGUUGUGGUAAAAGAUGUAGGUCGACAUUUUGAAUUGAUACCCUGUGUCAGUCAGGGCUUAGAGUGAAGGGGAAAGAUUAGUAUGUAAAGCAGUACAAGAAGGUGAGUGGGACAGAGUCUGGGAGGUGAUAGAUGGAACUCAAUGGUAAAUGGAACAAGUGGGGCAAGAAAAGGGGGAGAGGAUAGGGACUAUGAACAAAAAGAGAUGUAGGUGGAUGGUGACUUGUGUGGAAGGUGAUAAUGGGGGCAUUAGUUAUUAAAAUUGUUAAGUGCAAUGAUAACAUCAUUAGGUUUAAGCCACCCGAGAGAUAUUUUUCUUCCAAUUUGCAUGGAAAAGAUAAGGACAAACAGAUCAAUGUGAGAGUGGGAAAGGUGGUUAAAAUGAUGUGCAACUGGAACCACAAAAUGCCCUUUCAGACAGAGCUCAGGAGCUCUGUUAAACAUUUGCCUGGUCUAUUCUGGUCUCCAGUGCAGACAAAGCCACAUUAUGUGCACGGAAAGCAGUUGGAAAAGGUGGAAGUAAGCCCUUGCCUCAUUUACAAGGGCUGUUUAGACCAUUGCACAGCGGUGGAGGAGGUGAUGAAAGGACUUGUGGGGCAUUAGAUUCCCUACAGUUAGACCAUAAGACAUGGCAGCAGAACUAGGCCUGUCAGUCCAUCGAGUCUGCUCUGCCAUUCCAUCAUGGCUGAUUUAUUAUCCCUCUUAACUCCAUUUCCCCUGCCUUCUUCCUGUAGCCUUUGACCCUCUGACUAGCCAAAAACCUAUCAACCUCUGCCAUCCAUGGCAAUGAAUUCCACAGAUUCUCCACCCUCUGGCAAAAGAAAUUCUUUCUCAUCUCAGCUCGAAAUAGAUAUCCCCCUAUUCUGAGACUGUGCCCUCUUGUCCUAGACUCGCCCACAAUAGGAAACAUCCUCUACACAGCCACUCUGUCUAGGCCUUCCAAUAUUUGAUAAGUUUCAAUGAGAUCCCUCACCCUUCCAAACUUCAGCGAGUAUAGAACAACAGCCAUCAAACACUCAUAAUAUAUUAACCCUUUUAUUCCCAGAAUAAUAAGAUUAUUAAUGGAUUGGACAUGCUAGAGGCAGGAAACAUGUUCCCGAUGUUGGGGGAGUCGAGAACCAGAGGUCACAGUUUAAGAAUAAGGGGUAGGCCAUUUAGAGCAGAGUUGAGGAAAAACUUUUCCACCCAGAGAGUUGUGGAUCUAUGGAAUGCUCUGCCUCAGAAGGCAGUGGAAGACAAUUCUCUGGAUGCUUUCAAGAAAGAGUUAGAUAGAGCUCUUAAAGAUAGCGGAGUCAAGGGAUAUAGGGAGAAGGCAGGAACGGGGGACUGAUUGUGGAUGAUCAGCCAUGAUCACAGUGAAUGGUGAUGCUGGCUAGAAGGGCCGAAUGGCCUACUCCUGCACCUAUUUUCUAUUGUCAUGAACUUCCUUUCCCAUGCCAGCACAUGCUUCCUUAGAUAAGAGACCCAAAACUGCUCACAUUAUAAGUGCAGUCAGGCCAAUGCGCUACAAAGCCUCAGCAAAACAUCCUCGCUCUUAUGUUCUAGUCCACUCUAUCCAUUCUUGCCUCUCUUUUAUGCUUUAUAUAUCUGUUGUUUGAAAAGUUUCUCAAUCCAUGAACUUAAUUUUUGUGAAUUAUAAUGCUUUUAAUGCUGCCUUUGUCUUCCUUUGUCACCCACGUAUCCCCUUAGAAUAGUUCCUCACCUUUGGUAUCGAUCCUACGCUUUCUGAAUGUCCCCCAGCAAGGUGGUGGGAUCAGACUGCAGCCGGCUAAAAAUCCUUAAACGGCUCAAAUAUUGGUUGCCAUAUAAAAGGGCCACUGUAAAUUUCCUCAUUUGUCUAGAUGGGUGGUAGAAUCAAGGGUGGGGUUGGGUGCCUUUUGGAAAUUCUAGCCAUUACUGUUCUGCCAUCAUCCCUGCUAGUAGACUCUUCCAAUCAACUAUGGCCAUCUGUUCUCUCGUGCCUCUGUUAAUCCCUUUACUCACUGUAAUACUGAUACAUCUGACUUUAUCUUCCCCCUCUCAAUCUGCAGGGUGAAUUCAAUGAUAUUAUAAUUACUGCCUCCCAAGGAUUCCCUUCCCUUAAGCUCCCUAAUCAAACUUGGUUCAUAAUACAACACUCAAUCUGGAAUUACAUUUCCCCUUGUGGGCUCAACCACAAGUUGCUCUAAAAAGUCAUCUUAUAACCAUAUAACAAUUACAGCAUGGAAACAGGCCAUCUCGGCCCUUCUAGUCCGUGCCGAGCACUUACUCACCUAGUCCCACUGACCCGCACUCAGCCCAUAACCUUCCAUUCCUUUCCUGUCCGUAUACCUAUCCAAUUUUACUUUAAAUGACAAUACUGAACCUGCCUCUACCACUCCUACUGGAAGCUUGUUCCACACAGCUGCCACUGAGUAAAGAAACUCCCCCUCGUGUUACCCUUAAACUUUUGCCCCCUAACUCUCAACUCACGUCCUCUUGUUUGAAUCUCCCCUACUCUCAAUGGAAAAAGCCUAUCCACGUCAACUCUAUCUAUCCCCCUCAUAAUUUUAAAUACCUCUAUCAAGUUCCCCCUCAACCUUCUAUGCUCCAAAGAAUAAAGAACUAACUUGUUCAACCUUUCCCUGUAACUUAGGUGCUGAAACCCAGGUUAUAUUCUAGUAAAUCUUCUCUGUACUCUCUCUAUUUUGUUGACAUCUUUCCUAUAAUUCGGUGACCAGAACUGUACACAAAUUCUCCAACUGUACUCCAAAUUCAGCCUUACCAAUGCAUUGUACAAUUUUAACAUUACAUCCCAACUCCUAUACUCAAUGCUCUGAUUUAUAAAGGCCAACAUACCAAAAGCUUUCUUCACCACCCUAUCCACAUGAGAUUCCACCUUCAGGGAACUAUGCACCAUUAUUCCCAGAUCACUCUGUUCUACUGCAUUCUUCAAUGCCCUACCAUUUACCAUGUAUGUCCUACUUGGAUUAUUCCUACCAAAAUGUAGCACCUCACACUUAUCAGCAUUAAACCCCAUCUGCCAUCAUUCAGCCCACUCUUCUAACUGGCCUAAAUCUUUCUGCAAACUUUGAAAACCUACUUCAUUAUCCACAACGCCACCUACCUUAGUACCAUCUGCAUACUUACUAAUCCAAUUUACCACCCCAUUAUCCAGAUCAUUAAUGUAUAUGACAAACAACAUUGGACCCAGUACAGAUCCCUGAGGUAUACCACUAGUCACCGGCCUUCAACCUGAUAAACAGUUAUCCACCACUACUCUCUGGCAUCUCUCAUCCAGCCACUAUUGAAUCCAUUUUACUACUUCAAUAUUAAUACCUAACGAUUGAAUCUUCCUAACUAACCUUCCAUGCGGAACCUUGUCAAAGGCCUUACUGAAGUCCAUAUAGACAACCUCUACUGCUUUACCCUUGUCAACUUUCCUUGUAACCUCUUCAAAAAAUUCUAUAAGAUUUGUCAAACAUGACCUUCCACGCACAAAUCCAUGUUGGCUGUUUCUAAUCAGACCCUGUCUAUCCAGAUAAUUAUAUAUACCAUCUCUAAGAAUACUUCCCAUUAAUUUACCCACCACUGACGUCAAACUGACAGGCCUAUAAUUGCUAGGUUUAUUGUUAGAACCCUUUUCAAACAAUGGAACCACAUGAGCAAUACGCCAAUCCUCCGGCACCAUCCUGGUUUCUAAUGACAUUUGAAAUAUUUCUGUCAGAGCCCCUACUAUUUCUACACUAACCCUAAAUGUCCUAGGGAAUAUCCUGUCAGGACCUGGAGAUUUCAACACUUUUAUAUUUCCUGAAAGCGUCAGUACUUCCUCUUCUUUAAUCGUCAUAGUUUCCAUAACUUCCUUAGUUGUUUCCCUUACCUUACACAAUUCAAUAUCCUUUUCUUUAGUGAAUACUGAAGAAAAGAAAUUAUAGUUUUUCUACAAUUUCGCUGUCUUCUGAAUCAGCUCCAACCUGCUACUUCCAAUUUACCUGCAUGUUGAAAUCCCCUUGACUAACUAUAGUAACAUUGCCCUAAUUAAAUACCUUUUCUAUUUCCUGUUUAAAAUUAUGUCCCACAUCCUGGCUACUGCUUGGGGGCUUUUAUAUCAUUCCCAUCAGGGUCUUUUUACCCCUGCAGCUUCUUAACUUUACCCGCAAGGAUUCUACAUCUUCAGCUCCUAUGUCACCCCUUUUUAAGGAUUUGAUUUCAUUUUUUACAGAGUCACCACCCACCCAUCACCUACCUGUCUGUCCUUUCGAUACAAUGUAUAUCCUUAGAUGUUCAGCUCCUAAUUAUGAUCUUCCUUCAGCCACGUCUCAGUGAUGCCCACAGCAUCAAGUCUGCCAAUCUCUAACUGCGCUACAAGAUCAUCUACAUUAUAACAGUAUUCAUCCAGUAUUCAUCACCCUCUUUUGAUUUGGCUCACAUGUUACACUUCACCUAAUCCCGCCGACUGCAAUUUUGCCCUAUCAUCUGCCUGUCCAUCCUCACAGUCUUGCUACAUACUGCCUCAACUUGCAAACCUCCUACCACGUCCUCAGGUCUUGCAAACCUACCCACAAGGAUACUGGCCACACCUGGGUUCGGGUGUAAUCUGAUUAUUGUACAGGUUACAUCUUCCCCAGCAGAGAGCUCAAUGACCCAGAAAUCAGUUGCAGGAGGGAUGGGAGAGGUGUGGGUGGGAAGGGAUCAGGAAUGCAGAUAGGGGGAGAACUGGUGGUGGGAUCACAUUGUAGCCAGUAAAAAUGGCAAAGGAUGAUAUGUUAGAUGCACAGGCUGGUGAGAAGAAGGUGACAGCCAAGGGAACUUUAUCACUAUACUCUCUAAAGAGAGGACGGGUGAGAGAUUGCAUUUAGAAAAUGUUUUGAGUGUAUGUGAGGGUUCCAUUAGAAGGGAAGACAUCCUUCAGGAAGUAGGGAAAUAUUCAUACUAACCCUAGACCAGAAGGCCCUGUGCAGCGGAGACAGAAAUUGAGGAAAAAGGGAAUGCAUCCUUACCGGAAGCAGGGUGGAAAGAGGUUAGCUGGGGUAGCUGAAGAGGUUUGUGGUUAUAUAGAAGAAAUCUUAUAUAGAAAUCUUUCUCCUGAGAUGAAGAUAGAGAAAUCAAGAAAAAGAAACAAAUUGUCAGAGAUGGUCCAGAUGAAUUUGAGUGCAGGGUGGAAGGGUGAUGAAAUUGAUAAUUUCCACCUCAGUGAGCAAAAUCAAUUCGGUUAUCAAUAUAGCAGAGAAGUAGUUGGAAUGAGGGAUGCCAGCAUAGUCUUGGAACAAGGACUAUUCUACAAAGCCAGCAAAAUUCAUGAGAGUGUCCAUGGUUGCUCCUUUGAUUGUAGAAAGUAGGAGAAAUCAAAAGAGAAGUAGUUGAGGUUAAAAACCAAAUUCUGCAGAACAGAUGAGAGUGUUGAGUGGAGUUGGUUGGGUCUUGGUUAAAGAAAGCAACAGGGGAUAAGCAAUGGAGGUGGACAUCAUUAUUAAAAUGAACCAUUUUGGACCAAGGAAUUGGAAGUUAUCAUGAUGGUGGUAGGCACACGUUUCUUAGUUGAAAGUAGGACAAGAGAAGACAGGAUGGAGACAGGGUAUGAAGAAAUGAGUACAGUGGGGCAAAAACAGGCAGAAACAUUGGGUUUACUGGGGUCCUAGGUUAGAGAGAGUACACAGAGUUGGGGUAUCAUGAGCUAGAAGCUGUGGAGAGACCCUUUCUACUGGGUGCUUUAAAAAUUCUCAAGUCAUUCUUGGAUCCUUUGCCGAUCAUGUUGAUUUUUUGAUCACUUUGCCAUUGGGAGGUUUCACUGUACCCUCUGUUUCUAUACCCUUCAUGGAUCAAAAUACCUUUAUCAGAUCAUCUGUUAAGGUGAUGAGCAUUUUUCCUUAAAAUGGGCACCACAGUGGCAUAACUAGUGGAGUCAGAAACCCAGGUUCAACUCUGAUCUCAAGUUUUGUCUUUUGGCGUAGGAUUGCUCGAAGUGCCCUGGUUUCAUCCAACAUCCGAAAGUUACGUUGGUUAGCAGGUUAAUGGGCCACUGUAACUUUCCUCUUUUGUCAUGAUAGGUGGUAGAAUCUGGGGUGGAGGGCACAGGGAGUUGAUAGGAGUGUGGAAGAAUGCAAUAUGUGAUUGAAUUAGAACUGCUGUAACUGGGUAAUUGAUGAAUGGUACAAACCUGAGCUGUGGGAUCUGUGUCUAUGCUGUAUCUCUCUAUAACCCUAAUAUUUUCCAUGCUAUUGUUUCUGAUAGUAAGAUCAGUGAAGCACAGGAUGAAUAAUGAAAAACAAAAACAGGCAUUUUUCCUCCUUAAACAUUUUCUGUAUAUAACUAUAUUGUGUUGUAAUAACAAAAUAAAAAUUAUUCACAGUACAGUAAUCUACUUCACUCCUGAAAGAUUAACAUUGUGUAAUACUUUGAAAUCACUUUUAUAUGAGGGAAUCACGUUAAAGCAUGCAAAUGAUUCUUAAAAUGUGAAGCACUGCAAAAGUUGUCAAUAAA